AUGUCUGCAGAAAACACCCCAAGAGUGGGAACCCAUUCCAGCUCUCAAAUUGAAAGUCCCGCAGAACUGCUGCCGAUUACCUCGGCAAAUUCCAACUCCCCGACGGUUCAGGAGCUUGGCGAGGGCGAAAAAGGGCAUGAUGUCAAUAUUCAAAGCUCGACAGAAGUUUCAGUAGGGAACCACAAGUAUUGGAAACGCUUUGUCGAUGUCGUUUCGUGGACACCGUCGCGAUGUCGAUGGAACACAGAGAAUCCGAGGAAAUUCGGCUUGCCUUUGAACGUCCUGUUCGCAUUCUCGGGAACUGUCACGGUUGCCAAUCUAUACUAUUCACAUCCCAUUCUUGAUGUCCUUGCCCAAUUCUUCAAUGUCUCGCAUGAGCGAGCCUCAUUGAUCCCGACCUGCAGUCAGGCUGGAUAUGCGACGGGAUUAAUCUUUCUUUGUCCCCUUGGGGACUUAGUUCGGAGAAGACACUUUGUUCUGCUGUUGACGCUUCUUACUGCGGCAUUGUGGAUUGGUGUCUGUAUCACCAAUUCAUUCGAGGUAUUCCUUGUUCUAAGUUAUCUGUCGUCGAUCACGACUGUUACUCCACAAAUCAUGCUCCCUCUCGUCGGAGAUCUCGUGCCCCCAGCUCGUCGUGCAACGGCCCUGUCAAUCGUGUCUUCAGGGCUCGUUCUGGGCCUUCUCUUCGCUCGCCUGCUUUCGGGUAUAGUCGCGGAAUACUCAUUCUGGCGAAAUAUUUAUUGGCUGUCACUAGGCCUCCAAUUCCUCAUAUUUGCCCUUUUAUGGCUGUUCAUGCCGGACUACCCAUCAACAAACACCAACAUCUCCUACUUCAAGAUCCUGUAUUCCAUCAUCGGAUACUACUGGAAAUCCCCAGUGCUAGUCCAGGCAACUCUCAUGGGCUUUUUCCUUUCAGCCACAUUCACCAGUUUCUGGACAACACUUACCUUCCUGCUAUCUGGGGAUCCCUACCACUACCCAACCGUAAUAAUCGGACUCUUUUCUCUAGCAGGUCUUACACCCAUGUUCCUGGGCCCGCUCUUCUCGCGCUACAUGAUCGACCAAUUUGUACCGCAGUUUUCCAUACUGAUCAGUUUUGGCAUAUUGAUCGUCGGCGUCAGCAUCGGUACCUAUACAGGCACGUUUAGUGUUGCGGGCCCAAUUAUCCAGGCUGCGUUGCAGGAUUUUGGCCUGCAGAUGAGUCAAAUUGCCAAUCGUGUUUCAAUCUACAGUGUUGCACCCAAGGCGCGGAAUCGGAUUAACACGGGAUACAUGAUGGGCGUGUUCUGUGGUCAGCUUAUGGGGACCUCUGUUGGAAAUCGUCUUUACAGUCAAGGGGGAUGGAUUCUGUCGGGCAGUGUCAAUCUAGCGUUUCUUGGGGCGGCGCUGCUUAUCUGUCUUCUUCGUGGUCCGGCUGAGAAGGGAUGGGUUGGGUGGCAUGGUGGCAUUCGUAUCCGACGAACAGAGUGA